AUUUCUUAGUUAAUAACUUUUCUCCUUUAGUUUCAAUAAGUUUACAAUUAGUGUUUUUCAUAACGACCAUGAUAGAACAAUACGAAUCGGGCUUCCUAGGAAAUUUCUCAUCUGCCCUUAAGAAAAUUUUUACCUUAGGAAAGA